AUGGGCAAAAAAUUUAAUCAUUCAGAAAUAUUUCCUAAUAACCCAAUGCUCAUGUGUAUAUGCGGUAGUUCCGGUUCUGGGAAAACUCAUCUCACUUUUAACAUGUUGACAACACCAAACCUUUUAGAUUUCGAUUCUUUAUAUAUCUACACAAUAACACCAGAGCAAUCCCAUUAUCAAUUUCUCAAAGCUUUAGAAUAUCUACCAAAGAAAGAUAAACCAACUGAUAUAAAAGUUUUUCGUACGAAAAAUGUUAAUGAUCUAGACUUGUCUAAUAUUGAUAGCAAACGAAAGAACUUAAUAUUGUUUGACGACUGCGUAGCGCAAAGAAAUCAAGCUGUUCAACAAGAAUUCUUCACGAAGGGAAGACAUCACAACUGUCACUGCAUAUACCAAUCCCAAUCUUUUUACGGGAUGGAUUCUAUGUUUAUUAGAAAAAAUGCAAAUUGUUUUUUAUUAUUUGAAUUAAACGAUAAAGAUUUAUCUCAAAUCAUUCAGUCGAUAAAUCACGGAAUGGACAGAGAUGCAUUUAAAAAGGUUUGUAAAGCUCAAUGGAAAAACCAAUUACAAUUCCAUUAG